UGGUAAAGAUGGAAAGAGGGAGAGGAGGAGGAGGAGGAAGGAACCUGGGAGGCUCUGGCCUGCACAGGAACAUUUAUUCCCAGUCCCAGCAGCAGUACCACUACCCGGCCUCCUCCCAGGGGAGCUGCAUGGAGAUCCAGGAGCUGGCCUCCAAGAGGGUGGACAUCCAGAAGAAACGCUUUUAUCUGGAUGUGAAACAGAGCUCCCGCGGCCGCUUCCUGAAGAUCGCCGAGGUCUGGAUAGGAAGGGGCAGGCAGGACAACAUCAGGAAGAGCAAGCUGACCCUCUCCYUGUCCGUGGCUGCCGAGCUGAAGGACUGCCUGGGGGACUUCAUCGAGCACUACGCCCACCUGGGGCUGAAAGGCGGCCACCGGCACGAACACAGCAAUGACAAGGAGCAGCAUCCCCGAAGGCGRCCGCAGCACCCGCCACCUUCGCCCCCGGCAUCCGUGGGCUCCGAAGAGCCUCCUCACAGCGUCCUCAAAACGGAGUACAUCGAGAGGGACAACAGGAAGUACUACCUGGACCUGAAGGAGAACCAGCGAGGGCGCUUCUUGCGGAUUAGGCAGACCAUGAGCAGGGGACCUGGCAUGAUGGGUUAUUUUGGCCACAGCUUGGGACAGGAGCAGACGAUCGUCCUGCCGGCGCAAGGGAUGAUCGAGUUCAGGGAUGCUUUGGUCCAGCUGAUUGAAGAAUACGGUGAGGGGGACAUAGAGGAUCGCCGGGGGGGAGGUGACGAGCCCCCGGAGCUCCCUGAGGGCACCUCCUUCCGAGUGGACAACAAGCGCUUCUACUUCGACGUGGGAUCCAACAGGUACGGCAUCUUCCUGAAGGGUGAGGCAUUUCCGACRGCAGUGUUUUGCAUUUGGGAAUGGAGGGAUUUAUGGCUGCGAGAGCUCUGGGCAUCGGCGUCGGCGUCCAACGCCGGCUCUUCCUGCACAUUGCAUUAGUGAGACGUUGGCAUCAGUCACUGGAGACGUCGCGGCGGAAGGCAGUGCCCUCAAAAGGCUGCAAACCUAUUUGCACAUGCGUUUCCAGGGAGGUAAUCAAAUCAGCCAGCAGGUUCAAUAAAAGGAAAUAAGCAAAUAGUCCAGAUUUGCUAGCGUUUGCAAACAAAACCUGUUGCAAGAUCUGCAGGUUUUGAGGUUCCUCCCCCACCCCAAAACAGCUGUUUGGGGAUUAAAAUUGUUCCGGGCUGCUGCAGGAGGACAUUUUAUAUUCCCUAAAAGACACAUCUGUAUCUGAGAGGAACGUUUCAAGGGGAUCCUUGCGAGGGYUGGGUCACCCUCCUUCCUUUUGGAAUCGGUCACUGUGCUGUUUUAUGGCAAAAGAGUCCAUUUUCAGAGAUUCAUCCCCUUCCCCUGGCAGUGUUCUCCCUCUCUUUGCCUCUUUGCUCCCCUCUGACCCCUCUCUGGCUUUUUUUCAGUUUAUCAAGGCUCUUUAAUGUUUCCUGCUGCUCCUCACAGUACAAGCAGUGCUGCCCAUGGCGAUGGAUGCCAGCACAGGAAGGAGGGAGAUCAGUCCUGUGGGGAGAUGCUGGGGAAAGGAAGCCAGGAGUCAUGGAGGGUGCUGCCAGGUACAUCUGCCUCCUAUCCACUGCAAAAAUGCCGUGUCUGCACCCCAAAAUGUGUUUUAGGGAUCUGUAUCCUUAUACACCUGGGCAAUCCGGUGCUCCCCUGCACCCUCAAGGGGGUCAGGURCCCUUGGAGGAGCUCCCACUUGGUUUGUGCACCCUCAGCUGCUGGCAGAAGGAAGAACCUUACUCAUUUAUUUUAUUUAUUCACUGUGGGGGUGGAUUUUCCUCUCUAAAACACAGGAGUACCAUUAGGCAUCUUUGGGAAACAGCAGAUAAGCCCAGGCAAUGCCUUCCAUAGGCAGUGAUGGCCGUGAGKAAUUUUUGUUUCUCUUGCAUUUUGUAUCACACCCUAAAAAAAACAAGUUUCACUGGAAAAAUCACUAAAGCAAGAAAGCAGGGUAACCCCCGAAGGGUUAAAUGUUACACAGCCAACAUUAAUGUAUUUUUUAAUAAAGUGGCCUUUUAUGCCACUUUUACCAGCAUUGCCUUUUUAGAAAAUUCYAGCACAGAAAUGAUGAGAUUUUAGAGAAGGUGCCUGCCUUCAUUAAUUCYCUCUCAGUGAGGCUUGUCAGUUUUCCCUGCCGGGGAGCCUGAUGAAUGUUCCCUGCUGCUGCCAGGAGAUUCUGCAGGCUCUGUCCCUGCCACUCCUCUGCAGGGAAAUCCACAAUUCAUCCCAAGAACUCCCUCUUUCCAAUAAGCCAUGUCUGGUUAGUCUGGGGAUGGUCCUGGCUAAGGCUGCUCUGCUGUUGGUGUGAGGUUUUCCCAGUCCUUUCCUGAGGACCUGCCAUCGGAUCGAUACCUCAGAAACCUCUUUAUUUCUGAUGAGGAGCCAAGAGAAAUAUCUCAGCUCGAUCUUUUCAUUUAAGMUUUUCCUAUUAAACAUUUCAAAGGUGGCAAGGAAUCAGUAAAUGGAAACUUAUCACCAAAGCAUGCGUGUCCAAAUGUCCAUACUUUGUUUGUUUGAAUUAAAUCGCCAGGAAAACUUAAAAAAUUGAAACACUGCUCAGCAUUUGGUUUAAGGAUAAGGUAGGUUUAAGAACACCUUUUUUGGGUAAUUUUGGAAAAGCCAUGGAUGAUAAUUAUUGUGCAUGCUGCUCUCCUUAUGCUCCUGAAGGCACAUGGUGCGUGCUCUCCUUGGGGUGGGAAGAUUUAUUGUCUGCUGCCACAGUGCAGGAUUUGCCUUAUCCCGUGGCUGUUCGCUGCUGCAGUGUCACAAACAUGAGCAAUAUGGCUAAAAAUAAUCUUCUGGAAACAAAUCAGCAAAUAAAGCAUCCAGAGGAGUGUGAACAGUUCCUGGCAGCUAUCUUUGCUGGGCACUAGAAUGGUGAGCAA